AUGUCACUUCAGAGGAAGUCUUUAUUGACCAAUAAACUCAGAAGCAGAUUGCAAGACAUUCUGACCGAGGAUUCUUGGUUAGGGAAAAUUAUGACAGCACAAGCACAUUCAAUAAAUAAGAGAAAUUCGUUCAAUAGCACCACAAAAUCAAAUUCAGCAAUUAUGUUAUUUAGUAGAAGUUUCAGAUCAAUUGUGUGUGUAGGAAGAUGA